AUGUUUUCCCUCAUUCCUGUCCUGAGCCUCCUCGUCGUUGGCUCUCAUGCAACCCCCUUCCUCGACGCACGAGGCCUUGCAAGCGCUGAGCUGCCCGCCAAACUCAGCGCUAUCAAGUUCGACCCAGCCAACAAAGACGGUGUGACUUUCCACAUCACUGCCGCCGGCGUUGACACCGAGUGUUACCCGCCUGCCAAAGAUACUGUCGCUUCAGGACGGGUCUACAAGUGCGGCGAAAACCCUGCUGUUACCUUCAGCUACACUAGCGACCAGGAUAAGCUCAGCGUUUGGCUGAGUAAUGAGAAUGGAUCUUUUGCUGGCUCCGCCGUCAUCUCUAGCCCUGCUGCGGGUGAGAUCGUCUUCGACCUUGCCAACCUUGACGUUUGA